AUGGCAAAAAGAAAGAGUGAUACAUCGUGUCAUUUUGAGGAAUUAAUACCGUAUGUGAAAGCAAUAUUACCUCAAGUAAUAUCUAAAGAUGAUAAUUUAAAUCAGAUCAAAAUGAUCCUUGGUGACGCUUUCCUGGUUAAUCUAGAAGAAUACCGGAAAAGUGACUUAAAUGAAUUUAUUACAAAUCAAAUACAUGAGUUUAAAGAUCAAACCUUGCAUCAUGUCCCUUGUAAAGAUGUGGACAAAGAAAGGCGACUUUUACUAAAUAGAUUCAAAAGAUGGGAUAAGAAAAUAGAAAAAGAAAGUACUAGCAACACAAAAGGGACCAUUCACAAGCUUUCACAACCUAAGAAGCCAAGAAAGAUUCCAGAAAAUCACAUGAGUAAAGCAAUUGUUAAACUUAGUGAACCACUACAGAAUUUACUAGGUAUAAGAAAUUCAACAAGAACAGAAGUUGUAAAAUUGAUAUGGGUAUAUAUACGAGAGAACAAGUUACAAAAUCCAGGAGACAAACGGGAAGUCUUGUGCGAUGAUCGUAUGAAAGCUAUCUUUGGGGAUAAAGUCACCAUCUUUUCCAUGAACAAGUUACUGUUGCCACAUAUAGUAAAACUCGAAGAUUCCGAACAGAGCAGUAAUACAUCCUACACGAAAUCUCUUGAUUCGAUGGACUAUACUUUAAGUUCAAUUGACGAAAACGUGGACUCAGGUGAGGGAAAUGAUAAAGAAAGUAAUACGUCUGAAAGCGAGAGCAGUGGUCGUGAAUAUUUUAGCUCAGAGGAACCAAACACAGAUAAUACCAACACUUAA